AUGACAAGCCUGCAUCCAGAGCGUGGGCCAAGCGCGGGCACUACGGGUGCUGCCACAACGACUACGGCCACGACUGCCGCCACGACGAACGAGGCGCCCGACACAAGCGUGGACAGCAGCGCCAUUGUCAAGCGCAAAAAGCGCCGCCAGCACCGCGAGCCGGAGAAGGUGACGGUCGACGAUUUCGAGAUGAUCCGCGUCCUCGGGAAAGGCUGCGCAGGCAAAGUGCUCCUCGUCCGUCAUCGUCCCACCUCUGGCCUCUUCGCCAUGAAGUCGAUUCACAAGCGACACGUUCUCGCCCACCAAGAGCUGCAGCAUACCCUCACGGAGCAGGCCGUUCUGAAGCGCAUGGCCCGCGACGUUCAGGACCCCUUUGUCGUCAAGCUUUGGUGGUCCUUCCACGAUCGCACCAAUCUCUACCUCGUAAUGGACUUUCAUCCUGGAGGCGACUUGGCGACGCAGCUCUCCCGCUGGGGUCGGCUGGGGAGGGACCGCGCCCGCUUCUACGCCGCAGAGAUCGUCGAAGGCGUCGAAGGGCUGCACAAGGCUGGAGUCAUCUACCGCGACCUCAAGCCAGAAAAUGUCCUCAUUGGCGCUGACGGGCACAUUGUCCUUUCGGACUUUGGUCUGUCCAAGGACCGCUGGACAGCCGACGAGCGCGACACUACUACGACCUUCUGUGGCACUGCUGAGUACCUCGCUCCCGAAGUGAUUCAGGGCUCCGCCUACUCGUACGAGGUCGAUUGGUGGUCCUUCGGCACGAUGCUCUACGAGAUGUUGACCGGCAUCACACCGUUCUGGGCUGACACCCACGCCGACAUGUACGUGCGCGUGCUGCAUGACGAGCUCGUGUUCCCGGACGAUCGAGUACUGGAUAUGGAUACGAAGAGUAUUCUGAGGGGGCUGCUGCAGCGUAACCCCAUGCUGAGGAUGAAGGAGCCGAGGAUCAAGAAGCAUCCCUACUUCUCGAUGAUCGAGUGGGCUCACGUAUUCCACAAGCGCUACAUCCCGCCCUACAUCCCGCCUAUCGACCCUUCGAACGCCAUGGACACUCAGAACUUCGACGAGGCUUUCCUG